GACUCAUUCAUUCAUUAGGGCACACUACAAAGUCAGGUAAUUUUCCCGGGAAAAUUAACUGUAGCCCCUUUACUAGAUUUCCCGGGAAAAAUUGACAGCAUCUGGCUCCUCUUCUAUUCUCUUCUAUUUUCAUCUCAUCUGGAUAUUCUUCAUCACAAUCUCACAUCUCUCUCGUUUUCUCUCUCGAUCUCUCUCGAUCUAUUUUGCUGGGUCCUCUAUGGAGGAACCUUCUACUGUAACACCGCUUAGCAACCAAUCGUCUCUUAGAAGCCUUAAUUCGUCCUCUUCGCAGCUUAAUCUUCCUUCCACCAUGACUCGGACCUCUCUUACUCUCGAAACCCUAACCCCAUCUCGCCAAAUCGACCGUAUGAUUAACUCGAACCAUUCCCAAUCACCGUCUCGAACUAUAUAUUCUGAUAGGUUCAUCCCCAGUAGAUCUGGUUCGAACUUUGCUCUAUUUGACAUCUCACCGUCGGCUAAUUCUCCGUCCGAGGGUCGGGAGGACCAGUCUAGCGCCUAUGCUACUCUUUUGCGGACAGCGCUUUUUGGGACAGAUUCAGGAGGAGUCGUGACUCCUGCCACACCGGAGAAGCGGAGCUUGCUGAUGAGCCCGCCUAGCCGGAAUAUAUUUCGAUACAAGACCGAGACUCGGCAGUCAAUGCAUUCGCUCUCACCGUUUGGGUUCGAUGAUGCGGUUCCUGGAGUUAAUCAUAGCCCUGUCAAGACUCCUAGGAAGGUUCCGAGGUCACCUUAUAAGGUACUGGAUGCGCCUGCAUUGCAAGACGACUUUUAUUUGAAUCUUGUGGAUUGGUCUUCGAACAAUGUGUUGGCUGUUGGAUUGGGCAAUUGUGUUUACUUAUGGAAUGCCUGUAGUAGCAAGGUAACUAAGUUAUGUGAUUUGGGGAUGGAUGACAGUGUCUGUUCGGUGGGCUGGGCUCAGCGUGGAACACAUCUUGCUGUCGGAACUAGCAAGGGAAAAGUCCAGAUAUGGGAUGCAUCUCGCUGUAGGAAGGUAAGAAGUAUGGAGGGCCAUAGAUUGCGGGUUGGGGCCUUGGCCUGGAGUUCAACUAUGUUGUCUUCUGGUAGCCGAGACAAGAGUAUUCUUCUCCGAGAUAUACGUGCACAGGAAGACUUUGUUAGUAAACUUUCUGGACACAAAUCAGAGGUUUGUGGAUUAAAGUGGUCCUAUGAUAACCGUGAGUUAGCAUCAGGCGGUAAUGAUAAUCGGCUAUUUGUUUGGAAUCAACAUUCAACUCAACCAGUGUUAAAGUACUGUGAGCAUACAGCUGCCGUGAAAGCUAUUGCAUGGUCUCCCCAUCUUCAUGGACUUCUGGCAUCCGGUGGAGGAACUGCAGACAGAUGUAUUCGUUUCUGGAACACAACCACUAACUCACACUUGAGUUGCAUGGACACCGGAAGUCAGGUGUGCAAUCUCGUAUGGUCUAAAAAUGUGAAUGAGCUUGUCAGUACUCAUGGAUACUCUCAAAACCAAAUUAUAGUUUGGAGAUAUCCAACCAUGUCGAAGCUGGCAACUCUAACUGGCCAUUCAUACAGAGUUUUGUAUCUUGCCAUUUCACCAGAUGGACAGACGAUUGUUACAGGAGCAGGAGAUGAAACACUUAGAUUUUGGAACGUAUUCCCUUCUCCUAAAUCCCAGAACACAGAAAGCGAAAUCGGAGCAUCUUCUCUUGGGAGAACUGUGAUUCGGUAACUGCCGGAAUUUGGCUUUCUGGCUUGGCAACCUUAUAAAGUUUUUUGAGCCUUCACGGGAUGGCAAAUAGACUCCUUCACGCACCUAAAAUUUAUCAAGGGCGUGAAGCUCCAUCAAAUUGUUUUGUGCUUAAACAAAAUUAUGCUUUGACCAUAGAUUCUGCUGGGACCUGAUAGGCCAUAGAAGAGUUAAAGUGAAACUUGCUUUGUUCCACUCGAAAUAGAUUAUUCUUACUAAGUUUUCUUAAUAGAGUUAUGUAUAGAGGGAGGUGGUUAAUAAUUACUUAUACCUUCUCCAUUCCCUUGUAUAUUUCAAAGAGAGAAUACUGCAAUUUUUUUGGUUAUAUAUAUAAAUAAAUAUAUUUUUUAGUACCUUUUCACCACCGUCAUUGUAUAUAAACUUUGUCAUUCUUCUAUACAAGGUUUCAAUUUACCUUUCUUCUCA